AGAGAGAGAGAGAGAGAGAGAGAGCUCAUGAACCCCUCUCAAAACUACCUCACUUCCCCACCACUCGCAGUAUAAAUAGAAGACCAACCCCCUUCUUUCCCACUUGGAGUCCAAACGGUAGCUUGCUAGUCAUCCCAUUUCGUCAGCUAGUUCUCAAACAAGGAAGGGAAAGAGAGAGAGAGAGAGAGAGAGAGAGAGAGAGAGAAAGAAGAAUAACUAACAAGAGCACUUUGAGCUAGAAGAGAGAGUACGCAAAGCCAAGGCGGAAGAUGGAGUCGGCCUCGAACGGGAACGAGGACAAGGUGGUGGAGACGGUGAUGGUGGGAAGGUACAUAGAGAUGGAGCAGGAGGGGGAGUCCAAGACCGUCAAGUCAAGGCUCUCCAGCCUCCUCUGGCAUGGCGGCUCCGCCUAUGACGCUUGGUUCAGUUGUGCUUCCAACCAGGUGGCCCAGGUGCUGCUUACACUGCCAUAUUCCUUUUCACAGCUGGGCAUGAUGAGUGGUAUCCUUUUCCAACUGUUCUAUGGUCUCAUGGGGAGCUGGACGGCUUACCUUAUCAGCAUUCUCUAUGUGGAGUAUAGGACUCGGAAGGAGAGGGAGAAGGUGAACUUCAGGAACCAUGUCAUUCAGUGGUUCGAGGUGUUAGAUGGGCUUCUAGGGAAGCACUGGAGGAAUGUGGGUUUGGCCUUCAACUGCACUUUUCUUCUAUUUGGAUCUGUCAUUCAGCUCAUUGCUUGUGCUAGCAACAUAUACUAUAUCAAUGACAAGCUGGACAAGAGGACAUGGACUUAUAUAUUCGGGGCUUGCUGUGCCACCACAGUGUUCAUCCCAUCUUUCCACAACUACAGGAUGUGGUCCUUCCUCGGCCUCCUAAUGACAACCUACACUGCCUGGUAUCUCACUGUUGCUUCCCUCCUUCAUGGCCAGGUGGAGGGAGUGAAGCAUUCGGGACCGGCUAAGCUCGUUCUCUACUUUACUGGCGCCACAAACAUUCUCUACACCUUCGGUGGCCACGCUGUUACAGUGGAGAUCAUGCAUGCUAUGUGGAAGCCUCAAAAGUUCAAGGCCAUCUACUUGCUCGCAACGUUGUACGUGCUGACGCUGACUCUGCCAUCGGCGGCGAGCGUCUACUGGGCGUUCGGCGACCUACUACUCGACCACUCGAAUGCUUUCGCUUUGCUGCCGCGGACGGCGUGGAGAGACGCGGCGGUGGUGCUGAUGCUGAUCCACCAGUUCAUCACGUUCGGGUUCGCGUGUACGCCUCUCUACUUCGUGUGGGAGAAGCUGGUGGGGCUCCACGACUGCCGGAGUUUGUGCAAGCGGGCGGCGGCGCGGCUCCCCGUCGUGGUUCCCAUCUGGUUCCUGGCCAUCAUCUUCCCCUUCUUCGGCCCCAUCAACUCCACCGUCGGCUCCCUCCUCGUCAGCUUCACCGUCUACAUCAUCCCCUCCUUAGCCCAUAUGCUCACCUUCCGCUCCGCCUCAGCCCGGGAGAACGCAGUGGAGCCGCCACCGAGGUUUGUCGGGAGGUGGAUUGGCAUGUACACGAUCAACGCAUUUGUGGUGGGUUGGGUGCUGGUGGUGGGAUUCGGGUUCGGGGGUUGGGCUAGUGUGACCAAUUUCGUCCACCAAAUUGACACCUUCGGCCUCUUCACCAAGUGCUACCAAUGUCCACCACCACCACCACCACCAUCACCACUAGGUCUUCCCCUCCCUACCAGGACUCCGGCUCCGUCCACUACUCCAUUCCCCACCACUGUUCAUAACUACACCAUUCCAAGCAUCUCCAGUAUCGCUCCCUCUCCGUCGCCCUUGCCGUCUUAUACUGGCCAUCACCAUCGCCGCCACCACCAUUAUGGCCCAUGAGAAGCUGUACUAUCAGCUACAAAGCCUUUCCUAUGUGAAAUGAGACCAAAGUAUGACCCAUGAACCUGGAUUUCAUUAUCAUUGUCCCAUUUGAGCUACUAGGCUUGGUGUGGUGAAAAGAGGAAGGCCACUUUGAACCUUUGGAUUAGGUAGCCCUGCGCGGGGUAGGCUAAGUAGUCAUUUGCUUCUUUUUUUUUUGGUAGAGAGGAGGAAGGGGGGGGGGGGGGGGGGGAGAGAGAGAGUCAUGAGGUGUUACUAAAGCAGCAGCUGCGCCUCUUUUUGUCAUUCUACUUUGCUCUUCUAGUUUUUUCUUUUUCCUUUUUUUGUGCUUGUCGAUUGAGAAAUGUAAGCCGUAUGGUGUUAUUAUAUGAUGUGGCAGCAGUAGCUGGCUCUAACUUUAUCUUC